AUGGCAGAACGGGCCGAUCUGGUCUUUCACAAUAAAGUGAUAAAUGGAACUGUUAUGAAACGACUUAUUAGCAGGUUAAUAGAUCAUUUCGGAAUGGCAUAUACAUCACAUAUCUUGGAUCAAGUAAAGACUUUGGGUUUCCAACAAGCCACUGCUACAUCUAUUUCAUUAGGAAUUGAUGAUCUUUUAACAAUCCCUUCUAAGGGAUGGUUAGUCCAAGACGCUGAACAACAAAGUUUUAUUUUGGAUAAACACCAUCAUUAUGGGAAUGUACACGCGGUAGAAAAAUUACGUCAAUCCAUUGAGAUAUGGUAUGCUACAAGUGAAUAUUUGAGACAAGAAAUGAAUCCUAAUUUUCGGAUGACUGAUCCUUCUAAUCCAGUAUAUCUAAUGUCCUUUUCGGGAGCUAGGGGAAAUGCAUCUCAGAUACACCAAUUAGUAGGUAUGAGAGGAUUAAUGUCGGAUCCCCAAGGACAAAUGAUUGAUUUACCCAUUCAAAGCAAUUUACGUGAAGGACUUUCUUUGACAGAAUAUAUAAUUUCCUGUUAUGGAGCCCGCAAAGGAGUUGUAGAUACUGCUGUACGAACAUCAGAUGCUGGAUACCUCACACGUAGACUUGUUGAAGUAGUUCAACAUAUUAUUGUACGUAGAACAGAUUGUGGCACUAUCCGAGGUAUUUCCGUGAGUCCUCGAAAUGGGAUGACGGAAAAAAUUUUUGUCCAAACACUAAUUGGUCGUGUAUUAGCGGACGAUAUAUAUAUCGGUCUACGAUGCCUUGCCACUCGAAAUCAAGAUAUUGGGAUUGGACUUGUCAAUCGAUUCAUAACCUUUCGAGCACAACCAAUAUAUAUUCGAACCCCCUUUACUUGCAGGAGUACAUCUUGGAUCUGCCAAUUAUGUUAUGGUCGGAGUCCUACUCAUGGCGACCUGGUCGAAUUGGGAGAAGCUGUAGGUAUUAUUGCGGGUCAAUCAAUUGGGGAACCAGGAACUCAACUAACAUUAAGAACUUUUCAUACCGGUGGAGUAUUCACAGGCGGUACUGCCGAGCAUGUACGAGCUCCUUCUAAUGGAAAAAUAAAAUUCAAUGAGGAUUUGGUUCAUCCCACACGUACCCGUCAUGGGCAUCCUGCUUUUCUAUGUUCUAUAGACUUGUAUGUAACUAUUGAGAGUCGGGAUAUUCUACAUAAUGUAAAUAUUCCACCAAAAAGUUUUAUUUUAGUUCAAAAUAAUCAAUAUGUAGAAUCAGAACAAGUGAUUGCUGAGAUUCGUGCUGGAACGUCCACUUUUCAUUUUAAAGAGAAGGUACGAAAACAUAUUUAUUCUGAAUCAGAGGGAGAAAUGCACUGGAGUACCGAUGUCCACCAUGCACCUGAAUAUACAUAUGGUAAUGUUCAUCUAUUAUCAAAAACGAGUCAUUUAUGGAUAUUAGCGGGAGGUCCGUGCAGAUCCAGUAUAGUGUCUUUUUCGCUCCACAAGGAUCAAGAUCAAAUGAAUGUUUAUUCUUUUUCUGUCGAAGAAAGAUAUAUCUCUGACCUAUCAAUGACUAAUGGUCGAAUAAGACAUAAAUUGUUGGAUACUUCUGGUAAAAAAGAUAAGAAAAUUAUUGACUAUUCAAUAAGACCUGAUCAAACGAUGUCUAAUGGUCAUUUGAAUUUCAUAUAUCCUUCUAUUAUCCAAGGGAAUUCUUAUUUCUUGGCGAAAAAGCGAAGAAAUAGAUUCAUCAUCCCAUUACAAUACAAUCAAGAACGAGAGAAAGAACUAAUACCCUGUUUUGGUAUUUCGAUCGAAAUACCAAAACAGGGUAUUUUACGUAGAAAUAGUAUUCUUGCUUAUUUUGAUGAUCCACGAUACAGAAGAAGCAAUUCAGGAAUUACUAAAUAUGGAACCGUAGAGGUCAAUUCAAUCAUAAAAAAAGAGGAUUUGAUUGAGUAUCGAGGACCAAAAGAAUUUAGUCCGAAAUACCAAACGAAAGUAGAUCGGUUUUUUUUCAUUCUCGAAGAAGUGCAUAUCUUACCCGGAUCUUCGUUGAUAAUGGUCCGGAACAAUAGUAUCAUUGGAGUAGAUACACAACUCGCUUUAAAUACAAGAAGUCGAGUAGGCGGAUUAGUCCGAGUGGAGAGAAAAAAAAAAAAUAUUGAACUAAAAAUAUUUUCCGGAGAUAUUUAUUUUCCUGGAGAGGCAGAUAAGAUAUCCAGGCACAGCGGCAUUUUGAUACCACCGGAAACAGAAAAAAAAAUUUCUAAGGAAUCAAAAAAAUGGAAAAAUUGGAUCUAUGUCCAACGGAUCACACCUACCAAGAAAAAGUAUUUUGUUUUGGUUCGACCCGUAGUCACAUAUGAAAUAGCUGAUGGCAUAAAUUUAGCAACACUUUUUCCUCAAGAUCUCCUGCGGGAAAAGGAUAAUGUCCAACUUAGAGUUGUCAAUUAUAUCCUUCAUGGAAAUGGCAAGUCAAUUCGAGGAAUUUCUCACACAAGUAUUCAAUUAGUUCGGACUUGCUUAGUAUUGAAUUGGGAUCAAGAGCAAAAAGGUUCUCCGGAAGAGGUUCACGCUUCCUUUGUUGAGGUAAGAACAAAUGAUCUGAUUCGAGAUUUCAUAAGAAUUGAGUUAGUCAAGUCCACUAUUUCGUAUACCGGAAAAAGAUAUGAUAGGGCAAGUUCCGGAUUGAUUUCCGAUAAUGGAUUAGAUCGCACAAAUAUCAAUCCUUUUUUUUACAAGGCCAGGAUUCAAUCACUUACCCAACAUCAAGGUACUAUUGGUACAUUGUUAAAUCGAAAUAAGGAAUGCCAAUCUUUGAUAAUUUUGUCAUCAUCCAAUUGUUUUCGAAUUGGCCCAUUCAAUGGUUCAAAAUAUAACAAUAUGACAAAAGAAUCGGAUCCCAUAAUCCCAAUUAAGGAUUUGCUGGGUCCCUUAGGCACUAUUGUACCUAAAAUAGCAAAUUUCUAUUCAUCUUACCAUUUAAUAACUUAUAAUCAGAUCUUGUUAAAGAAAUAUUUGCUACUUGACAAUUUUCAACAGACUUUCCAAGUACUUCAAGUACUUAAAUACUGUUUAAUAGAUGAAAAUAGGAGGAUUUAUAACCCCGAUCCAUGCAGUAACAUCAUUUUGAAUCCAUUCCAUUUGAAUUGGCACUUUCUCCAUCACGAUUAUUGGGAAGAGACAUCUAAAAAAAUUCGUCUUGGACAAUUUUUUUGUGAAAAUGUAUGUCUAUUCAAAUACGAACCACACGUAGAAAAAUCUGGUCAGAUCAUAAUUGUUCAUGUUGACUCCUUAGUUAUAAGAUCGGCUAAGCCCUAUUUGGCCACUCCAGGAGCUACUGUUCAUGGCCAUUAUGGAGAAAUCUUUUACGAAGGAGAUACAUUAGUUACAUUUAUAUAUGAAAAAUCGAGAUCUGGUGACAUAACGCAAGGUCUUCCAAAAGUGGAACAAAUCUUAGAAGUACGUUCUAUUGAUUCAAUAUCGAUGAACCUCGAAAGGAGAGUUGAAGGUUGGAACGAAGGUAUACCAAAAAUUCUUGGAAUCCCCUGGGGAUUCUUGAUUCAAGCGGAGCUAACCAUAGUUCAAAGUCGUAUCUCUUUGGUUAAUAAAAUCCAAAAGGUUUAUCGAUCCCAGGUGGGUACAGAUCCAUAAUAGACAUAUAGAGAUUAUUGUACGUCAAGUAACAUCAAAAGUGUUGGUUUCAGAAGAUGGAAUGUCUAAUGUUUUUUCACCUGGGGAAUUAAUCGGAUUGUUGCGAGCGGAACGAGCGGGGCGCGCUUUGGACG